AGUCAGUAGAAUAGCGGUGAGCCGACUACAACUCGCUCAGUCUGUGAUCGGCAGUGUCGAAGAAUAGUUCUGUCGUGGAAGUACUUAACAAGAAAAUGGCAACAUUAAAGGAUCAACUUUUAUCCACUCUGACGGAAUCGGAGCCGGUCGGCAGGAACAAAAUCACAGUGGUCGGUGUCGGUCAAGUUGGAAUGGCCUGUGCCUUUAGCAUUCUGUCGAGCCACAUUUCAAGCGACCUGGUACUAAUUGACGUGAUGACGGACAAACUAAAGGGAGAGAUGCUGGAUCUGCAACAUGGCAGCGCAUUUCUGAAAAAUCCACGGAUCAGCGCCAGCACGGAUUAUGCCACAAGCGCGAAUUCGAGCCUCUGCAUCGUGACGGCAGGCGCUCGUCAACGCGAAGAUGAAACCAGACUAGAUCUGGUUCAGCGUAACACUGACAUCUUCAAAGGCAUCAUUCCGCAGUUAGUUAAAUAUAGCCCGAACACGAUUCUCCUGAUUGUCUCCAACCCGGUGGACAUUCUGACGUACGUGGCGUGGAAACUCUCCGGUUUGCCGAGAAAUAGAGUCAUCGGCAGCGGUACCAAUUUGGAUUCUGCCCGCUUCCGCUUCCUAUUAUCGCAGAGACUCAACAUCGCACCUACAUCCUGCCAUGGCUGGAUUAUCGGGGAACACGGAGAUUCCAGUGUGCCUGUGUGGUCUGGAGUUAAUAUUGCCGGAGUGCGUUUCCGCGAACUGUACGAAGACGUGGGUACCAAUAAAGAUAAGGAGCGUUGGAACGAAUUGCACGAGCAGGUAGUACAAAGUGCAUACGAGGUGAUCAAACUCAAGGGCUACACUUCGUGGGCUAUCGGCCUCAGCGUGUCGCACCUUGCGUCAGCGAUACUGAGAAAUACCAAUCAGGUGCACGCUGUUUCAACGCUGGUUACUGGACAUCAUGGGAUCAAGGAAGAAGUGUUCUUAUCUUUGCCUUGCUCGUUGGGUGAAGAUGGCGUCACGCACAUUAUUCAACAGAAGUUAACCGACGAUGAGCUCGCACUGUUGUAUAAAUCAUCAGCGAUAAUGCACGAAGUGCAAAAAGAUCUCAAAUUUUAGGGACGCGUUACUUAUUUAUUUUAUUCAUUUGUUGCCAGUGUUGUUUCGUGUGUGAGUUAUAUGUACUUAUAUCUUUCAGAGUGCAGUAUUACAUAAAAGUCUACUUAUAAUUUUUAUAAAUAUUUCUAACUAUAUAAUUUAUAUAUAGUUUUACAAUAUAUAUUUCUACAGUGGAAAAGAAAAAAAAUCCGAAGUACUUCUUGAUGUUAUAUUUAUUUCUCGCAGCUAUAAUUUUUAUUUUUAUCUAUCGAAAAUAUCUCACUGCGAUUGUUUCGAUAUUAUCUUACAAUAUUAUAAUUAUUUAUAUGAUUUUAUUUAAUUUCUUAUUAUGAUAUCAAGGAUUAAAUUAUCUCUAAACAUUUCAGGAAGAAUCAUAUCGCUGAAAGCAUCCAUCAUUUCUGCAUGCUUUAUUUAAAUAAUGUUACUUAUUUUAUGGUAUAACUAUAAAUGUUCCUAUUAUGAAUGUUACGAGUGUUUAUAUGUCUGUAUAAAUGUGUCAAUUUUAUAUCACAUGUGUCAUCAAGCCAAAAUAUUGUACCGAAUCAAUUUUAAUGUAUUCAAUAUAAGCAAUAAAAUAUUUUAAAUAUUA